UUGGUAGGCAGGAAGCCGGCCGUUUGCUGCGACCUCAGUAUGGCUGCAAGCUGUAACUGAUACGAUGUGGAGCCUCAGAAACCAGUUUUGGUGACACCAUUUCUCUUGGUUAUGUUUAUUCCAUUAAUGCUCAACAUGUCAAAGAAGAGCGCAUUGGAGGCGAAACCGAGCAGGUCUAUUGACGCGGAGUCAUCCGAAACAACCCCGCUCGUAGCCAAGAACAGUGGAGAAAGUAGCUAUGGAAUUCCGAGAUACAACGAGGAAAGCGGCGGGGGAUUAUCUGUCAAGCAAGCGACCUUCCUUAUCGCCGGCGAGAUAGCGGGCAGCGGGGUGCUGGCGCUCCCAAGGGCUCUUGUCAGAACUGGUUGGCUGGGCGUGCCGAUCAUUGUGGUGAUGUGUGCGGCGGCGGCGUUCAGCGGCAAACGUUUGGGUGACUGCUGGUCCAUCCUGGAGGACCGCGAUCCCAAAAUGAGGACCAGGAAGAGAAACCCUUACGCUAUUAUUGCCGAGGAGUCUUUAGGGAAGAUGUGGAGUGUGGUGGUGUCGGUGGCGGUGACGGUGACACUGUUCGGCGCCUCGGUGGUGUACUUGUUGCUCGCCGCGCAGAUCGUCGAGCAGGUGUUCCUCUCGCUGGUGCCGAAUGUCACCUACUGCGCGUGGUACCUCAUCGUGGCCGGGGCGAUGACCCCGCUCAUGCUCUACGGCACACCUAAGGACAUCUCUUUUAUAGGCGUGAUCGCGUUCGGUGCCACUGUUGUGGCCUGUAUUCUCUACUUCAUCCAGAUGAUGAAUGAGAUCAGGCCGUUCGUGUUCCGCUAUGGCAUCCACGGUUUCCAGGAGUUCUUCCUUGCAUUUGGUACCAUCAUGUUCGCAUUCGGUGGUGCUUCCACCUUCCCUACUAUUCAAAAUGACAUGGCUGAUAAGACAAAGUUCAAUAAGAGCCUGCAAUAUAGUUUUCUCGCAAUCCUAGGUAUAUAUUUGCCAAUUGCUAUCGCCGGUUAUGCUGUGUACGGUGAGUCAGCGGCGUCCAAUAUAUCUGCGUCUCUGUCCGCCACGCCGCUCACGCUGGUCGGCAACAUCUUGAUGGCAUUGCACCUCGUCACAGCCUUUGUGAUCAUCAUUAACCCUGUUUGCCAAGAGAUGGAGGAGCUUUACAAUAUAUCUAGAGACUCAACGGGUUGGCGGAUGCUGAUACGCUUGUCGAUUAUGCUCGGCAUCUUAUUUAUCGGAGAGAGCAUUCCUCGGUUCUACACUAUCCUGGCGCUGGUAGGCGGCACUACUGUGGCUCUACUCACUUUCGUACUACCCUCAUAUUGUUACCUGAAUCUCAUUAGCCAGCCUCUCAGGGAGGGACAGACACCUAUUGAUACACAAGGAUGGAAGAAGAUGGUAUGCUGGGAAAUAAUCGCUGUCGGCGUGGUCGGAGGCGUGAUUGCAACCUACAGCGCAGUGAGCGCCAUCUUCAGCACCUCGCAAGCAAUACCCUGCUACUUAAGAUAAUUACAUAUACCCUUUGCUUGUUACAAGAUUGAUUUUAUAUGACACUGCCUUGAGCAUUUUGAUAUUUUCUACUCUACUUAUACAUUUAUAAGUUAUAAUAUAUUGUUAAGCUUCAUUGAUUAGACUUCAAGCCUGCUGCGCUGGUUGGCUGGCUGACUGACUUGCCGAAAUAUUUAACAAAAUUUCUCUAGAUAGAUAGUAAACGAAUCUAUCAGUAGAUACGUUAUCGCUGUCGCAUACAAUGUAUAGAACGAGAUAUUAAUGUAUGGGGUUUUUAACUUUCUCCUGCAUUAUCGUCAUAAAUGUAUGUAAUCGCAGAUUGGUGUGAUAAGUUAGUUAAGUAAUAUUAUUAUUUACGUUUCACUAGGCGUGGUGGUCGUUGUAUAUAGUUUGUGUUGUACAUACACUCUUUUCUAAUUUUGUAAAACCUUAAAAAAUUAAUACGCGAUACCAGCCUGCUACCAACUGUAAACUAUAGGUGCGAAGCGCGGGUUUAUAGUAACAAAAGUAAAUUAAAAUUAAGGGCGUGUCAGCGAGCCUUGGAGAGAAGUAGCUUAAAUAAAAGAAAAAUACAAAAAAUAAAUAAUUGAGGAUUACAAAGAAGAAAACAAAAGUAACUGAUACACUCUUCUAUACAUUAAGACUGAGGGCUGGACAUAGAGCCGGGCGUAAGGAUGGUCAUUUAAAACUACAAGAUGAAAAGGACCAUGUGGUCAAGGGAAACCAGGAAGUCUAAAAGAGCAAUGGAUAGAUGACAUUUAAGACAUCUCAGGAGAUUGACAGACUGAAUUAUACGAGCACAGAAUAUACAUGGGCAAAAGAAACCAGAAAAGGCCCGUACCCGAGAAGGGGUUUCUAUCCAAACACAUACGAAAAGAUAAGAAAAUAAAUAGUUUUUUACAAAUCAAGUACUAACAUUAAAUAUUAAGGUAAUUUAUUAACACAAAUCACACUCAAUAUGUACUUUAAAUAAGGACAAGGAAAUAAAAGACUCUAUUGUUAUUAUAACUCAAAGUGUAAUUUAAA